AUGGCCACCCAAUUCCCAGUCGUCAUAUCGACUACCCUCACCCUCCUGGAGAAAUUCCAAGCAACCCUCGCAUCCCCUACAACCGCAACCGCGCAGGCGCCAUCCAAAGAUGCCAACGCGAGCGCAGAAGCAGACACCACCACAAACGCUCUCCCCCUCCUCUCAAACUCCGCCGCAGUACUCAAGUCUCAAGUCACCAAGCUCUCGCUCCUAGCCAUCACCGCGCCCUUCACUCAUUCCGCCGUUAGCACCGUGCUGCGCGCAUGCAACGAGUCCGUUCUCCCAUCGCUAGUCACCGCCGCUCUACUCGUUACACCCGCUGGGUACACUCAAGCAUUUCAUACGGAGAUUCUUUUACUUGUGAAGACUGCAUUGGUGGAGUUUUCUACAUUGGUGCGGGAUGUGAAGGGGAUUGCUGAGACGAAGGACUUGGCGAAGAGGGAGAGGGACGCCAAGAAGGAGAAGGAGGGAGAGAUUUCGAAGAUCGAGAAGGAUGCUGUUAUGGUUGCUGUGGGGCGGGUGUGGGAUGCUUGUGAUGCUGUCACUGAGGUUGCGGGGAAGGGGGUUGUUGGGUUUGUGAUGCGGAGGGUGGAGCAGUGGAGGGAUCUUGUUAAGGAUGCUGUUGAGGAAUUGGAGGAUUGGGAUCCGGAGGAGGAUGAUGAGUUUUUUGAUGAGUUGAUGGGGGAGGAGAAGGGUGAUGACAACGACGAUGACGAUGAAGACGAGGACGAGGAGGAGGAUACGGCUGCGCUGCAGGAGAACAAGAAGUCGACUCUCCGAUUCAUCAAGCCCAUCGCCCAGGUCUACCCUGCUAUUCUUACAAACCGACUUAAGAAUGCGGGUGACAAGCCUUUGUCUUCGACGGCUGGCAUUGCAAAGCUUGAGUCUUUGAUGAUCAAUCUGCAGAGUAUACCUGAUCAGGUUGAUGAGGCUGCUGGGGCUUUGUAUGAGAACAACUGGAGCAAGGCGGCGGAAUACCUCAAGAAGACGCAGAAGAAUGCGGCGCAGGCUGUGAACUCGGUUUCUUCGCCGUGGAUUGUUUCCGAGAUUGCGGAGGGCGAGCAACAACCGGCUGACAAGUUUGCUACUUGGUCGAAGAUGUGGCUCAAGGUCAUGGACGAAGUCAGCAAGCCGAUUGAUGCCGCUGUGAGCGAAUAG